AUCAAAAAAAAUGGCUCAAUGAAUGAUUUGCUGGGAAACAUGUGCGGCUGGGCUCUAACUUUGUAAUCCUCUGGAUUGUAGAUAUCUGUGUCUUCGGCUGUGAGGUCUUCAUGGGGAAGGGCUCGGUCAGGAUGUGAAUGAUCACCAAGAUUCUUGACAUUAAAGUACUCGUCUCCUUCGGCCAGCCAGGUUGACUACAUAGAUCAUCAGACAAAUGGCUGAUGCGGAAGGAAGCUCGAGAGCUUCGGUCCUUCAGGCGUUGGUUGAUCUGUCUGUCAAGUAUCAGCAUGCGGCAGAUAACGCGGCGAGUGAUUGGCAAGACGAGGAAAGAGAGCCGACGGAGGAUGACCGAACGAGGAAGAUCGAAGUGUUCGAUAAGCUGCACUCCAGCCUCCUACCAUCCAUCAAGCACCAUCUCAGUUGUCUCGUAACUUCCCUCGAUCUGGAACACCGUCCGAGCAAUCAUCCUACUCCCAAUCUCGGCUUAACUUUGGAGACCUUAUCAAGCUUGGAUCACACCUUGGACCAAAUUAUCGUCGACUUUGGUCUCCUCAAUGUACCCCUACCACCUGUUGCCCACGAUCAUCCCUUGGAUCGAUGCAAACGAUUUAGAUCUGACCAACUGAUCAGCAACAUCUCCGACCUGAUUCAAGACCCCAUCCGUUCUACAUUCUUAUAUUGCUCCGAUUUCAUUCAAUUAUGGGAGCUCUCAACCGAUCAACCAGAGAGCAUUGGGCUUCAGACGAGCGUAUCCUAUUCGGCAGAAACUGUGCUUGAUGGAAUAACAGAAGCGACUAACUUGGUCAAUAAGAUCCUCCGAUUCUCUCAGCUAUCUGACUUGGAUAUCCUUCAAGAACAGUGGCAAGAGAAAGCCGAAUCACUCGAUGGCAUACUCGAAGGUCUCACCGAACUCACCAAUUCCGCAAUCGGCCAUCGGAGACCAUUAAGUGCUGUCAGAAAAAGCAUGCUCAAUGAGACUCGAUUGGACAUCACGCUCGUCAAAUUACUGAGAACUCUAUACGAUAAAGUAUCCAAACCGACGAUCAAAAAACUAGCGUUCAAAUUGGAUCCUGAUGUCGAUUCGGAGAGCUUAUCGAUCAUGCACACAGCUCCAGAGACGACGGAUGGCUCCCUUCUUAUUCACCUGCACUUUUUGCUCGAGAAUUUCAAGAACGAUCAAUCGAAUGGAGAAACAGCCGAUAGAAAGAUUUCAAAGAGCCGGAUCUCAAGGCGGGUCGAAUCGAUGUUACUCCCCAUAGGUCUAUAUCUGAUCCCUCUGCCUUCAUCAGUCGACCAUCAUUCUUCACCCGCACGUGACUUCAAGGCUUGGCUAAUCAUGUGGCAAACACUUUGGCACACCGCGAUCAAUCGCUACUAGAUGUUUUCUGUUCGGCCCUGAUCGUAGAUCUGUCGUCCAACUAGUAUCUUGAAAAAGAGCAGUAAGAGGAGCAAAAAAAAAAAAUACAUCUUGAGCGCUCAUCCAUCGCUGAUGAUCACCAGAAGCCAUCGCCAAAUGAUCAUAUGUAUACGUGUCACUUGAUCCUCAACCAUGUUUCAUAUAGUACUACCCUUCACAUCACUCAAGAUUUAUCUGCAGCGAUUUUGAUCUUUACUGUGAUUCCCACUGCCACAAUAUAUCAAUAUUUUUAGAUUGACUGUAUGGUGAGCUUGUACUCGAUGUAGCGGGUGAUGAUAGUCCAUUAUAGUUACUGUAUUCCAUGAUUGUGCAAUUGAGACUUAGCAGGUACAUGGCUAUCAGUAUCCUGAAUUGG